AGUUUUAAUUGUAGAUAAUUUGAUAGGAAAAUUCUUUUCAAGCUAGUCAACAUUAGUUAUUGAUAAAAGUAGUGAAAUCCUAAGUGAUUAUCAUUAAUAAAGUAUUCGGCUUUUUACAAUAAUUCAUUUUAUCUCCAGUUAAAUAUUAAUGAAUAUCCAACUGACCGGCUACGUUGAACCGAUGGUACCGGUAAAGUGGGGGACACACUAUUACAAGUAGUAUUCAACACAGAACUUUGUUAUUACAAUUUGAACAGUGUUGAACUUACCGUAACGUAUAAAAUAACGGACAACGUGUACCGGUAUUUUUAUCUUCAAAAUGUUAACGCUAGACGAGGAUUUUGAAAUAAAACUACCUUCAAAAUAUAGUAAUGAAUUUAAUAGUGCCGACUAUAAUCUGACCAAAAUUCUCCUAGAACCUUCAGAAACUGAUGGUAGUAAAAUAGCGGUUUCUGAUCCAGAAUAUGAACAAUUUUUAGCCGACGUUUGGGUUGGAAUUGUAUUGACUCUCAUGGUGCUAAGCUGUGUUUGUUUUAUGUGUUCGUGUUUGAUUUACCAUAAAUUCCAGCAGUGGAAAACUAGAGUUAUAGAAGCAAGAAAUGCUGGUAACGUAGAAUCAGGCCUGACCGAAUCAGAACUUCCGAGCUACACCAUAGCUUCCGGUUUACCUACUUACGAAGAAGCGCUUCAACUCAACACGAAAGAUCCUAUGCCCGAUAAAACGUCAGAGACGACAGAUUGGACGCCACAUACACCUCCCACUCCAGCAACACCACCUGUCUCUUUGAAUGUUGUGAAAUUUUUUCAAGGAUAUACCAACGAUAACGCUGAUUCAUCGAAAGCUACUUGAAUCGACUUAAUUUGAAGAAGUGUGAUUGAUAUUUUAACUAUUGUGGUUUCUUGUUAACCAAAGGUUUACGAUGAAUUCGUUUUUGUGGUAAAUAAGCAGUCGACUGAUUAUGUGUAGUGAUUGGAAACGAAACUUUCAAAAAAAAUGUGUUCAAAUGUUUAAUUCCAAAUAUAGCCGUGUCAUGAACUCGCUUUAAUACUUCGAAUUGGUUUUUAUGUGAUUUUAACGAAAAAAAAAAAACAAAUUGUAUCAGAUAAACUACUUAAUAUUUUUUAUGUAGGGACGUUUUUGUUUAUUUUGAAAUUAAACGGAUAUUUUUUCGUUUCAGAUACAAUGAUACGUAACAAUAUUCAUUGAUACAUAAAAUUUCAAUGUCAUCAGUUGCUUUGGUUAAUAGUUCGAUAAACUACACCACGUAAGGUAGUUUAGCCCUUUCCCAAGUGAUAUGAAGAUGAAGCAGAUUUAUGCGUGAUUCCAGUCCUCAAAAAUCACGGCAGCUAAAUACCUACAUGUCUAUUUUUUAUAUUUCUUUCCUGUCACAUUUUUAACAGAUGUAAUGGAUGGAAUCGUAUGACUAAUUAGAUAUUUACGUCAUACUGCAUAUCGAAAUUUAUUUGAUCGUUCAUUCCCUUUUUGAGUUGACCUUGAUGCCGAAUAAGACAACAAGUCUUGAGUUUUUUAAGAAAGUAAUGUUUAAAAACUAGAUUUUAACUGUUGAUGAAUGAAACUGUGAAUUCAACGAGGAAAUGUAAUUCGAUAUUUGUCACGUCAUAUAUAACUAGUAUUUUGAAACUUGCUGCGGUGUAAGUCUAAAUAUACGUUUUCGUGAUUUUUGCAAUUCUUUAAUCGACCUGCUGUGACAUUUCGAAAAAUUCAGUUUUCCUUUCAUUUUCUUGUAUAUUUUUCAUAAAAUUUAUUGUUGAAGCAAAGUAUUUAUGUGUAACUAACAUUAGUCAUAUUUUUUCCGUUUCUGAAUGGAUACAACUAGAGAUGUUUUUCAUAUUUCUGGGAAUUUGAUGUCUACUAUAACAUUAGUACACCUUAUAUGUACAUGUUUCAUUCCAUUGUUUUGUCUUCAUGUCGGUUGUAUAUCUAUUAAAACAUUAAUUAACAAGAAACAAGGCAGCUUUUGACAAAAAUAAUAAUUUAAAUACAUAAAUUCUUCAACAUAUCAAAGUAAAGUAAAAACUUCACUGUGAAUUAAAAUUGAAGACCAAAUUUCAGUGCGUAACAAUGGAGUACAUAUAUCUUUUCAAUCAAUAAUGGAAAAACAAUACUGUGAAUGGUGCAAAAAAUAAAUUGUAAAUUUUUUCAUUGGAAAUAACAACUUAUCAUUCAGUUUAAAACUUCUGGGAUACUAAUUUACCAGAAUAUAGAGUCAGUUGAAGACCAGGAAUGCAAAAUUCUUUGGUAUUAGUCAUAACACAAUAAGCUGUAUGUCUAUUAGAAUUCUCAGGUGUUUUUUUUGUUUUUAUAUUAAUUCAGUACGUCAGAACCACCCUGAUGAUAAUAUAAUGAAGAGCAAUAAACAUUUUUAUCAGACAAUAUCAACAUAUCGGUUAAUAUAUACUUGUGUUUCGUGAUCUUUCGACAGCAGCUUCCAAAUUAAAAAAAAAUAUAUUUUGUAUCAUUCAUAUACUUUACAACUCCACCUUACCCAGAAAGUUCAACUGAAUAAAUUUUUUUAGUAUUGAAAAUAUAUUUGUUUCGAGAAUAAAAUAAUCAUAAAUUUAUCUCAACUAGAUAACAAAAAUUUCUUUUUUAUGGUACCUAAUUGUUUAUGCAAAAAUUGAUGAUUAUUUCCAUUUUUUUUUGAAAAUUAGAAACAAUUCAGAAAUUAUUCUGUGAAAAGGCUGUGAUUAGAAUAAAAAUAAAUAUCAUGUUAGUUCUAGUAAACGAAGUUAUAAUUUGAGUCUGAUGUAAUCAUCAUCAGUAUGUAUAUGUGGCGAUCAUGUAAAUAUUUGUUAUUUAUGUUCUAUUAAAAAGACUCCGAUAUAUAA